GUACAUCUCUAGUGAAUUAUUUAACUUUUUGUCGAUUUUAUAAAAAAAAUGUAUAUAUAUUUAUGAAAAAAAAAAUAAUAAUAAACGAACAAAUCGGGAAAAAUCUCCUUGAUUUUCAUUAAAUGUGCUUCGAAUUGAAACCGAAAGAAGAAAUAAAGAAAACACAUACACGCACACACACACUAAAUUAUAUGUAUUCGUUUUCCGCUGAUCGAUUGAUUACGAUACCAAUUUAAUCACUCAUUACACAUUCUACACAAAAUUUAUUUAUUUUUCAUGAUUCGGCCUGCAAUUCAGGCAAUAUUAAAUAUAAAAAAAAACUAACUUCGAUGAAACAGAAAAUGAAGAAAAAAACGAUAACAAUUUAAAUUAAUAUACAUUUCAUUUUGAUACACCGUCUUUUAAUAAAACGACAAACAAAUAUUUGCAUUGAAACGAUUUUUGUGUAUUGAAUUUUGUCCAAUGUUAUUGUUUCAAUGCAUGAAUUUCAAAAUAAUUAUACCACAAAACAUACGGUUGAUAAAGCAAGAGUGAGAACGAUUGACAUAGAAGUGACAGUUAAUAUUGGUAAUUGAGAAAAUAGAAAAAGAGCAAUGAAACAGAGUGCAUACAGUUCGAAGACAGGGAAAACAUGAGUAAAAGAGUGAAAUUUGAGUGAGUUUUUCCUUUAUUGUUUGGUCGAGUGGUGAUAAUUCUAUAAUUAUUAAAAUAAAAAUAUCAACGAAGUAGAAAUACAUUUUGUUUCUCGAUAGAAGAAAAGCAACAAUACUAACGAACGAAUAGGACCAAAAGAAAACAAAAAGCACAAUCGUUAACCACAUUCUAAAUAGCAUAUAAAACAAUCUAUCCAUUUGGCUCACUAUUUUAUGAAUGGAAAAGAGUUAAUGAAUAUAACAGAAAAGAGAAAACAUCAUAUGAAAACAAAAUACAGCACACAACCAAUGAACAUAUGAAAGAAGAGUAAAACUUGAAAAAAAAGCGCGCUUUUUUCAAUGAACAUAACAGAAAAGGAAUAGAGAAAUGCUUAUGGUGUGUUUGUUUAUUAAACUAAAUUCCAUAUGAACAUCAAUUGUGAACAUUGCUUAUCUAACUUCUGCUAAAGACUAACACAGACAUAAAAAAGCAACUCUAUUGUUAUUUAAAAAAAAAUCGUUCAGUUGAUAUUUACCUUUUGCGGCUUUUAACGGAUACACUCAAAAAUAAUGAUUUUCGCAUAUGUGCUCAAUAUAUUCACAAAAAAUUGCCACGAAAUUGACAAUAAUUCUCUCUCGAACCUACAUUUCCAUCACGAGCUUUAACAUAUACACGCAUAGUAGAUGUGUCCCGGACGAAAUAACAAACGAAUAAACGAAGAGGAGAAAAAUAAGCAGCCAAACACAUUUGAAUAAUUGAUUGUUCGCGGUAUGAAAUUUUUGGGUUUCUCAUCAAUCGCUGAAGCGUCCCUAAUGCCUUCAAUUUAUCAGAAGUCGUAUAAUAAUAAAAACCAUAAUAACAACGCCAACCAAGCCAAGUCAAGUCAAUCAAAACACUUACAUUCCUGGACGCUCAAACAAAUUGGCACUGUGUGAAAAUUCCCAGAAUUUUAAUUCUGUCAUUUAGAAAGAAAAUUAUGCAAAAAAAUUGAAUCCAAUUUUUAGCCUGAAUUUGUUAUAUAAUUCGCAAAUGCAUCACUUUGACCAAAACUAUCAGUACGAACACGAACAGCAACAAUCACGUUUUUAUCAACAACAGCAGCAGUUGCAACAGCAACAUCCAAAUCAUCAUACCCUUCAUCAACACCACCAACACCACCACCACCACCAACAACAACAGCAACAUCAACAAAAUCAACAACACCAUCCGAAAAGUUCUGAAGUACACAAUUCUAGUACCAAUUUGAACUUUAAUGUAAAUAAUAACCAUGUGCAAAGUAAUUUAAAUAUGGUUGCUGUAACAGGAAGUCAACAAAACAUGGAUAUGUGUUUCAAUUCACAGUUAGGCAAUAUGAAUAUGCAAAAUCAAAACAAUCAUUCGUUCAUGAAUAAUGGCAAGAAUAAUGCCAAUAUGGUUCAAAUGAAUAAUAUGGCGCCGCUGAACGGAAUGAAUUAUAACAAUGCAUCACGGCAGUAUCUAAAUGCACAGAAUCAACAGAUGCACCCCAUGAAUCAAAUGACCAAUACUAAUAUGAACAUGAAUGCAAUAGCACAAUUGAAUCAAAUGAAUGACAUGCAGCAAACAAAUAAUCCAAUGGCGAAAAUGCAAGGAAUGGCUAAUGGGUAUCCAACGCGUCGAAUGUCACCGUAUCCCACAGCACAAAUGCAUGCGGCACAAAAACGUGGCAUGUAUCCAAUGAAUCAUCACCAUCAAAUGGCACCAGCACAAAAUAUGGGACCGAAUCAAAUGUAUCAACAGCAUAACCAACAAAAUUACGGACCAGUGCCGUCACCAAUGCAUCAAAACUACAUACGGCCCGGUGCCAAUACAAUGGCCACCGCCGCCGCUGCCAACAAUUCAUAUCUUCGUGUUCCAAGUUCGGGAAUGAUGCCACAACAAAGACCCGCUCCACAAUACAACAUGAACCAGGGCAAUUCACCAGCAACAGCAGCUGCAGCAGGCAUGAUGACGAACAAUCAUCAAACACAAUACUAUAAUCAUCCCGUUCCGAACGCCAACAUGAAUAAUAUGAAUAACAUGAACAAUAUGAACAACAUGAAUAAUAUGAAUCAAGCGGGCUAUCAAAACAUUCAGGGUUUCCAACAAGACGUACGAUUAAAUUAUCAACACAGUCCAGUACCUGGAAAUCCAACGCCACCAUUAACACCCUCAAUAAGCAAUCAACCAGCAACAUCAUUGACUCCGUAUGUUAGCCCAAAUCCAGAUAUCAAACCACAUCUUAUGCAAAAAGACGAUGAAUUGCGACUUACCUUCCCCGUACGUGAUGGCAUUAUUUUGCCACCAUUUCGAUUGGAGCAUAAUUUGGCCGUCAGUAAUCAUGUAUUCCAAUUGAAACCCAUAGUAUACAAUACGUUGCUGAACAGAUCGGAUCUAGAGGUGCAAUUGAAGUGUUUUCAUCAUGAGGAUCGUCAAAUGAACACAAAUUGGCCCGCAAGCGUUCAAGUGUCGGCGAACGCAACGCCGUUGAUUAUUGAUCGCGGCGAAAAUAAAAAUUCCCAUCGACCGUUGUAUUUGAAACGCGUUUGCCAACCAGGGCGGAAUACCAUUCAGAUUACAGUUAGCGCGUGUUGUUGCUCUCAUUUGUUUGUGUUACAAUUAGUUCAUCGACCUACGAUACGGCAUGCGCUGCAGGGUCUAUUACGUCGGAGUUUGGUAUCGGUGGACCAGUGUGUUGCCAAAAUUAAACGAAAUUUCAAUUCUAGUCAAACACUAACCAGUGAAAAUAAAGAUCCAACAACAGAUCAAGCAUCGCUUAAGGUUUCGUUAAUGUGUCCCAUAACAUUUAAACGGAUAACACUACCGGCACGAGGUCAUGACUGCAAACACAUUCAAUGUUUUGAUUUAGAAUCCUAUUUACAUUUGAAUCGUGAACGUGGUAGUUGGCGAUGUCUUGUGUGCAAUAAACCGGCGUUAACCGAAGGACUUGAAAUCGAUCAAUAUAUUUGGGCAAUUUUAAAUACAUUGAGCUCAACUACAAUUGAGGAGGUCACUAUCUUUUCGGAUGGUAAUUGGAAAUCAGUUCAUGAUGUUGGCGCAACCAAUAUUAAGACGGAGGAGGAUAGUGAAACAAAGCGGCUGUCAAGCAAUGUGGUAUCGCCUGGUUCAACACAAAUUCCAUCAUGGGACAAUUCACAGGCAAUGAGCCCCUACAUGAGUCCUGACAUGAACUCAAUUGCGAGCGGCAGCAUGAUAGGACAAAACAAUCGAAAUUAUGACAACGGUUCGGCAUCUGGCACAAGUGUGGCACCAACGGGAGACUAUAGUCAUGGAAAUCCAUUAGCACAUUUAAGUGAAUCUGUGAACGCUAUUGAUCCAUUGAAUGCCAUGGAAAAAACAAUAAACGAGAUGCCACACACACCGCACACACCUGGAGCAGCAGCGGCAACUCAUCCAUUGACACCAGGUGGACCUCCAAGCGUUUCAUCCAUCUACAAUGAAACGAAUAAUAACAGUAACAUAAAUGCGAAUAAUUCAUCACCGGCCCAAAAUCAAUCACCGCAACACAAAAGCAAUAUGAAUAAUCAAAACUUAAUGGAUAAUUUAUCGUCGAAUACACUCGCAAACUCCCGUAACACUGGCAGCUUGCUCGAUCUUAAUUCUGAUCUCAAUUUUGAUCCGGCUGCUGUUAUUGACGGUAGCAGUACAAAUGAUUUGAAUCUACUACCAGAUAGUGUCGUAGAUCCCAUCGAACUAUUAUCAUAUUUGGAUCCACCAAAUUUGAAUACGCCCCCGUCAAGCGGUUCAAGCAAUAAUCCAAACAACGAUGACAUUUUGGCAGCUCUGUUCGAUUAAAUUGCAAUUAUACGAUUCACAAAUAAAUCGGCCAGGCAUCACAUCGAAUAUGCGCUCAUAGUCAAAAUGAAAUAUAAAAACAAACAAAAUUUAAAAAUAUAUAUAGUACAUAAAAAAAUACCAUCAAACAAAAUGCAUGUCAUACGAUUCUUUUUCGCUUUU